CCUGAGGUUUUAGAAAGUUUCUAGGGUUUUUCAGAGCGUCUGAGACGGUGGGAUUGUUUUCAAAUCUGAAGAAUUUAGAAGGGUUUUAGCCGAAUAGCGAGCACAAACUGCCAUGGAUCCUUCAGCAAUGAACAACCCUGAACUGCUUAAUUUCAUCAACCAAGAGAAGGAAAGAGCAAUGGUGAACGAGAUGGUGGGAAAGCUUACAAAUGUAUGUUGGGACAAGUGCAUCACCAGUACCCCUGGGAGCAAGUUCAGUUCCAGUGAGUCCGCUUGCCUGGCAAACUGCGCCCGCCGGUACCUUGAUAUGAGUAUGAUUAUUAUGAAGCGUUUUCAGAGUAUGCAAUGAAGGUCUAGAAGUUUGGCAUGCUUUCUCAAUUCCGUAAUGUGGUCCGUUUUUGCUUAUGGAGUCAGUUAAAUAUCAGUUGAAAAUGUGUUCUGCAUUUCUGGAAACAACUUCUCCCUUUCUCGAAGCUAUUGUAGUCGAUACCUCUUCCAGCACUAUUAUCUAUCAAAUUUUUAUUGAAUA